AUGGCCAGGUUUUUAUGUGGUUUGAACGGAGAAAUUGCUAAUGUGGUGGAGUUGCAACAUUAUGUGGAGAUAGAAAAGAUGGUUAGCAUGGCCAUGAAAGCAGAACGACAACUCAAGAGAGGGAGACCAGCCAAGCAUGAGAGUGGUUCUUAUUCGGGAUCUUCAAAUUGGAAGUCGAAAUGGGGUGCCAGCUCAAGACCAGUAGAGAAACCCAAAUCGAAUGCUGAAAGGAGCAUGAGCAAGAGCCAAGGGGACAACAAGGAGAGAGGUAACUCUACAUCCCAACCUCAAAAGAAUAGAGAUAUCAAAUGUUUUCGGUGUUUGGGGUUUGGGCAUAUUGCUUCUCAAUGUCCAAAUAAAAGGGCAAUGAUCAUGCUGGAUAGUGGGGAAAUUGAAACUAAAGAGGAGGAAAGUGAUUCAAUGCCAACACAAGAUGAUUCUAGUAGUGAUUAUGAAUAUGCUGCUGAGGGGAAUGUCUUAGUAAUCAUGCGAGCACUUAAUGUACAAAUUAAGGAAGAAGAGAGAGAUGAUGUGCAAAGGAAAAAUAUAUUCCACACUAGAUGCCGGGUGAAGGAUCGGCUAUGUAGUUUGAUCAUUGACGAGGGUAUCUAUGUGAAUGUGGCUAGUAAGUUACUUGUUGACAAGUUGGGAUUGCGUACAUUGAAGCAUCCUAGGCCAUAUAAGCUGCAAUGGUUGAAUGAAAGUGGAGAAGUGAAGGCCAGUCAUAUGUUGCUUGGGAGGCCAUGGCAGUUCGAUAGACAGGCAAUACAUGAUGGGUAUAAGAAUCGAUACUCUUUUGUCAAGGAUGGUAGAAAGGUGACACUUGUUCCAUUGACACCUUAUCAGGUGUAUGAGGAUCAGCUCCGAAUCAAGAGAUCAAUUUGUGAGAAAAGUGAGGUAGAAGCUGAGAUUGAAAGAAAAAAAGAGAGUGAGCAAGUGAAAGAGGAAACUGGUAAGACUAGAGAGGAAGAAAUUCGGGAGAGUAAAAAGAAAGAGAGUUCAGCUAUAGAUGAGAGGAAAGAUUGUAUUACCUCUCUUUUACAGGAGUUUGGAGAUGUCUUUCCCACGGAAUUACCCAAUCGUUUGCCACUGAUAAGGGGAAUAGAGCAUCAAAUCGAUUUUGUGCCAAGAGCCGCAAUUCCGAACCGGCCAGCAUAUCGAAGUAAUCCGGAGGAGACAAAGGAACUUCAAAGGCAAGUGGACGAGCUUUUAGCUAAAGGGCAUGUGCGUGAGAGCAUGAAUCCUUGUGCGGUCCCGGUGUUGCCGGUGCCAAAGAAAUAUGGUGCUGUUUUGAUGCAGGAAAAACGACCGAUUGCCUACUUUAGUGAGAAGCUAAGUGGAGCCGCUUUGAAUUAUUCUACAUAUGACAAGGAACUCUAUGCUUUGGUCCGCGCUUUGGAGACGUGGCUGCACUACUUGUGGUCGAAGGAAUUUGUCAUACACACGGACCACGAAUCAUUGAAGCAUUUGAAAGGGAAAAACAAGCUGAAUCGGAGACAUGCCAAAUGGGUCGAAUUUAUAGAGAUGUUUCCAUACGUGAUUAAGUACAAGCAAGGAAAGGAAAACGUGGUAGCUGAUGCAUUAUCACGGAGAUAUGUACUUAUCUCUACUCUAAAUGCUAAAUUUCUUGGGUUUGAACAUCUUAAGGAGUUGUUCAUGCAAGAUUCUGACUUUGGUGCUAUAUAUAGUGCAUGUGAAAAGGGUGCAUUUGGUAAGUUCUAUAAGCAUGACGAAUUCUUAUUUAGGGAGAAUAAGCUAUGCAUUCCUAAUUCUUCUAUGCGUGAAUUACUUGUGCUUGAGUCGCAUGGGGGAGGUCUUAUGGGUCAUUUCGGGAUUGUGUAUGGUUUUAAUCCAUUAACACCUUUGAAUCUAAUCCAUUUGCCUAUGAGUGAGAUUUAUAGUCUUGACGGAAAUAAAAAGACAGAUAUGGUGAAAAUGAUUCAUGAAGAAGCGAGGCAACAUAUCUUGAAGAAGAAUAAACAAGAUGCUGAACGUGCCAACAAGGGACAGAAGAAAGGUUGGGCAAUCAAGCUGAGAGAUGAUGAAGUCGACGAUGGAGGUACUAUCCUUGUUGGAAAGGAGAGUGGUCUUGAUAAGGAGAAGGAAUAA